AUGGAGGACAGGAAGAGGCCGGCCAUCGCCGACACCGAUGAGUAUGCACCACCAAGCAAGCGACAGGCCGUGAACGGUGGUGGCAGCAGGGCAAAAGACGACAAUAAUGGUGACUACAAAGACGAGGCUUGGCUCGAGGACUUUCAAAAAGACGCCCUUAUCCGCCAGAUGAACGAAUACAAGAGGGAAAAAGCCACACUAGAAACUCGGAUCGAAGAGAUACAAAAGCGGUCGACGUAUCAUGAUGACCACAUCCGUAUUGCCGAUGCUUGGGUCCUCCAGCUUUUGCAAGAAAUCGAGCUUCUCUGCGAAGGGACUGUGUCCAGCCACCCAGAAUCGAAAGAACAUCCCUACCCGUCUGCGCUGAGCUUCAAAGACAGCCGAGAUUUUCAGAAGCACCUGGGUGAGAAGACAAAGGCAGUCAAGACGAGAAUGGAGCUUCUCCUCAGCCGGCUUGCCGGCAUGCGCGAAGCAGUAAAACCCGAGGUCACCCAGCUGGAGACGCAAAUCAAGACCUUGCUCGCCGCCCAAAAGGAAUACGCCCUACAGCUGGACCGCCUGGAGACGGACAAGGAAGACAUAUCGCAGCAACUCGACACCGCGACACUACGGUAUAUCAAGGCCGAAAAGCGGAUAGAUCGCAUGCGCAGCCUACAGGUCCAGAAGAUGGAAGAGAAGGCCUUGGCGCACGUCACCCCGCGGCCGGCAGCCGAAAAUGGAGGAGACGCGUCGGCGGCAAGUUCUGCCGAUCUGCAGGCCCUGCAGGGGAAAUAUGACGAGAACCUGGCUGCGUUUGCAAAGCAAAAAGAGCAGCUCGACCGGCUGUUUGCUGAACUGAAGGCCGCCCAGGACGAGAACAGCGCGUUCAGAGCGAAGCGGGAAAGCGUAUCGGAGGAGGACUAUGCGCGGACAGACCUGUUUAAACAGCUGAAGAGCAAGAGUGAAGACCUGAUCCGGCGGGCCAACCACCUGGAAGCGACCAACAAGCAGCUGCGCGAGGAAAUCGAGAAGCUGCAGACGGACCGAACGGCCUUUCGAACGAAGCUCGAGCUGGAGGCGCAAGCGGUCACGAGCGAACUCGAGGACCAGAUACAGGCGAAAGAGCAGGAUCUCACACGGAUCCGAUCGGCGCGGGAUGAGUUGGUGGCUGACGUGCAGAUCCGGAAGGCGAGCCAGGACCAGGAGCGGACGGCAUUCGAGCACAUGAAGGAGCUAGUGACGGCCAAGGACGAUCGCAUAACGGCACUGGAGCUGGAGCUGGACCGACUACGACCGAGCGAGGACGGCAGCGACACGGCGACGACGGCGGAGUUGGAGGCGCUGUCGCCGGAACAGCUGCGAGAACGGUUGCUGAAGCUGGAGAAAGACUACGCGCUCAUUCAGGCGGAAAUGCCGUCGGUGGAGAAGGCGUAUAAGCGGGCGAUCAGCCUGGCGCAGAAGAAGGUGAUGGACUUCACGGCACUGGAGGAGCGGGUGACGAUCCUGACGCUAGAGAAGGCUAAGGCGGAUCAGAAGUACUUCGCGGCACGCAAGGAUAUGGACAUUCGCAAUGCAGAGAUCCGGGCGCUGCGGCACCAGAACAGCAAGAGCUCAGAGAUCAUCACCUCGCUCAAGGAGGUGGAAGCACAGAGCCGGUCGCUGCUGAGCAACCUGGAAAAGCAGCUGGCCGACUUCCGGCAAUCCAACACGACGGUGGCAGACGAAAGCCGGAUACUCAAGUCGGCCAACGCGGACAUCACGCGGCGGUUCGACUCGAGCAAGGGACAGAUCAUGGAGCUGACGAAUCUGGUCAAGGCGCGGGACGUGGCAAACAUCAGCUUGCGCGAGCAGGCGGCAGCACACGAAACAGAGCUGGAGAAGCUCAAAGUGCGGAUAGGACACCUGCAGAAGGACCGGGACAACUGGAAGACGAAGUGCUUGGCCAACUCGUCGGAGGAAGAGGAGAUGCUCAGGAAAUUUGCGCUCUGCUCGGUGUGCCGCAACGACUUCAAGAACGCGAUCAUCAAGACAUGCGGGCACGUGUUUUGCCAGUCAUGUAUCGAUGCGCGGCUCAGCAACCGGAUGAGAAAGUGUCCGACAUGCAACAAGGCCUUUGACAAGAUGGACGUGAUGACGGCACAUUUAUAA